AUGGACGGGCAGCAUUCGGAAAAGCCACACAGCCACAGCACGGCUGAUAGGACGUCAUCAACCACGUCCCAGAACUCCAGAUUCUCCUCCCAUGUCUCCAGAUCCACAAAGGACUUAUCUUGCAUGAAGGUACCUCAGGACCCUGCCCACAGGGACAGACAGGCACACCCCACCACCAUCCUGCUCUGCAAGUCACAGAGCAGCCAGGCUGCUCUUGUGCCCAAGGAGCACAAGAUGUUCAUGGAGGAAGCCUAUAAUGCAGCUAUUUGCUUCAAGAUGCUCCAAGACCUGAAUAGUUCAGACCCCCUCCACCUGAAGUACAUCAUCAAGAAGAUCAAGAACAUGGCUUAUGGGGCCCCCAACCUGGUGCUGGAAACCAUCCAUGACUACUUUGUAGACAACCCUGAGAUCUCCUCCCGCCACAGGUUCCGGCUGUUCCAUGUCCUGGAGGCCGUCAUUGAAGCCAGCGACUCCCUGGAGGAGGCCUGGGAGAAGUCGUUCAUGCAGCUGGCCCUGGAAAACAUGACCAAGUCCACGGAGAUGGAAGAGGUGUACCAGGACGCGGCCAGCAACGUGCUGCUGGCCAUCUGCAGGCACUCGUGGCAGGUGGUGGCCCAGCACCUGGAGACCGAGGUCCUGACGGGCGUCUUCCCGCACCGCAGCCUCCUCUAUGUGAUGGGCAUCCUGACCUCUAGCGAGGCAAUCUUCAACCAGGGAGAGAAGGCAUGCUGGGAAGAGCAGCUGGCCCAGAUGGCUGUCAAGUCGGUCCAGUUCCUGAACACAGACGUGUGGUCCAAGGAGCUGCUGUUGGCACUCACCAAGCCUGACCAGACACAUCAGGAGCAGCCCCCAGAGAAGGCUUUUCUGUUCAUCUACUAUGGGCUGAUCCUUCAAGCUGAGGACAACAGCACCACCGUCAGGACACACGUGAGAACCCUCUCGGACACGUCCCACCAGUGGCCCAAGCAGAGGGAGGGUAUCGCUCUCACCAUAGGGCUGGCCGCAGUGCGCCACCUGGACCACGUCUGGGCUGUCCUGGAGCAGUUUGGCCGGAGCAUGCCCAUUAGAUGGAGCCUCCACAGCUUUUGCCUGAAGAAUUCAGAGGACCUGCAAUGGAAGUGGGCCAGCAGCACCAUCCUCCUCGCCUACGGUCAGAUGGCGGUCAGGGCCAAGGCGCACAUCCUCCCAUGGGUGGACAACAUCUUGUCUCGGAUGGUCUUCUAUUUCCACUAUAGCUCCUGGGACAAGACCCUGAAGCAGAGCUUCCUCACCGCUGUCCUCAUGCUGGUGGAGGCCAUCAGCCACAAUGAGGGGGCCCACAGCUACGAGUUCUCCCAGAUCUCUGAGCUCCUCGAGUGUCUGAUGGUGUUGGUGGAGAAGGAACCCCAGGACACGCUGUGCACGUCAACUCGCCAGCAGACCAUUCACAUCGUGUCCGGCCUCUGUAAGCUGCGGCCGCCCCUGGACUUGGAGAGGAAGUCACGGAUUCUGUCCGUCUGCCUCCACAGCGUGUUGGCCCUGCCACAUCUAGACGUCCUGGAGAAACACACCUGUCUCUUUCUAGAACCGCCCAACGUACAGGAGUCCAGAGCACCCCCAUUACCAGAUGACAACAUCAUGGCUGGCUCACCUAGGGAGCUUAGCCUGGUGCCAGACACCAAGCUGGGGCUCCUGUUCAUUCCCGUUCAGUGUGCACCCCGGCAGACCCUCUACAACAAGACCUCGGAGGCCCUGGACCAGAUGCUGCAGAGCUUCAUCAUACAGAACCCCACGGCCGACGAGCUGCACUUCUUGCUGUCGCACCUGUACCUCUGGCUGGCGUCAGAGAAGGCACACGAGCGGCAGCGGGCUGUGCACAGCUGCAUGGCCCUUCUCAGAUUCCUGAGCCACAACCCCUACCUGGAUCCAAAAGAGGACUUCAGGCGGAUUGGGCAGCUGGUGGGCAUGCUUGGGAUUUUGUGCCAGGACCCGGACAGGGCCACCCAGCACUCCAGCCUGGAAGGGGUAGGCCACCUCUACCAGCUCCUGAUACGCCAGAGAGCGAGGGAAACUCCAAAGGUGGAGGUGCAGGCCCCCGAGCAGCUUUCCCAGGCCAACGUGGAUGGGGCUCCCGUCUGGAGCAGUGGAGACCAGAAGACAGCUCCCACCACCUCUCAGGAGAUGGCAUUCCCGAAGGAUGGCAUCCUCCAGCUUGGCAGCUCCCAAGUCAUCAAGGAGGUCAUGAAGCAUCUCACGAUGGUAGAGCUGACCGACCUCAUCUGGACAGCCAUUGACGGCCUGGGCUCCACCAGCCCCUUCCGCGUUCAGGCAGCCGCCGACAUGCUGCUCACCACCAUCAAGGAGCAUGGGUCCAGCCUGGAGACCGUUGCCAACCUGGGCCGGGCCAUCCACUUGCAGCUCUGCUCUGUCCGCAUCCCCCAAGCCAAAGAAAAUGCCCUGCACGCCAUCACCCUGCUAGCCCGGAACCACACACAGGAGUUGGUGGCCACCUUCCUGGACUUCUCCAUACCCCUGGACAGCCACGCCUUCCGCUUGUGGAGGGCCCUGGGGGCCGAGCAGCCCGUGAGCCGCCUGGUACUGGCCAUGCUGCUGGCCUGGCUGUGGGAGCGGCCACUGCCCGCCGGGGCCAGAGACGGCAGCCCCCAGCCCAAGGACAAGCCCCGCCUGCACUCGCUCGCUGCCAUGAACACCCUGCAUGAGCUGCAGUUUGCCCGCGAGUUCAAGAAGGCGGUGCAAGAGGCCUACCCCAAGAUGCUCCUGGCCCUCCUCACCCAGACGCACUACAUCUUGGAGCUGAACCUGCCGGAGGAGCCCCAGCCCGGCCAGAAGGCCCCCGAGGCGGCCACGUCCAGUCCGCAGAGCUGUCCCACGUCCCUGGAAGCGCUGAAAGGUCUGCUGUCCACCACGGGGCACUGGCAGGACUUUGCACACCUGGAGCUGCAGGGCGCCUGGAAGCUCUUCACCACCAUCCACACCUACCCGCAGGGCGUGGGUCUCCUGGCCAGGGCCAUGGUGCAGAACCACUGCAAGCAGAUCAAGGCAGUGACCAGCCUGCUGCUGGCCAGCCUGCAGAGCAAGGAGGAGCGGGAGAGGAAGGCGGCCAUCCUCAUCCUCACUGAGUUCCUCUACAGCCCUGCCCUGCUGGAGGUGCUCCCCAGACAGGCUGCCCUGACUGCGCUGGCCCGAAGCCUCAGGGACCCCAGCCCCGAGGUCCGUGUGUUGAGCCUGCAGGGCCUAGGAAACAUCCUUUUCCACCCAGAGAAGGUAAGCCUGCUCCGUGGACAGCUGCCGCCCUUCCUCGACGGCUUCUUCCAGAACAGCGAGCAGGUGGUCGUGCAGGUCAUGGGCACCGUGUCGGACAUGCUGCACCGCCUGGGGGCACACGGCGCGGGCGCCCAAAGCCUCGGGGUCGCCAUCAACGCCCGCUUCUUUUUUGACGACGAGCGGGAUGGGAUCCGAGCGGCAGCCAUGGCAUUGUUCGGGGACCUGGUGGCAGCCGUGGCGGGCAGGGAGCUAAGCGGCCUGCGGACCCAGGUACACCAGAGCAUGGUGCCCCUGCUCCUGCACCUGAAGGACCGCUGUCCGGCCGUCGUCACGCAGGCCAAGUUUGCCCUGUACCGCUGCGCGGUGCUGCUCCGGUGGCCCCUUCGGCACACCCUGUUCUGCACGCUGGCCUGGGAGAGGGGCCUCAGCGCCCGCCACUUCCUCUGGACCUGCCUGAUGACGCACAGCCAGGAGGAGUUCGGCAUCCACUUGGCGCAGGCCCUCCGCUCCCUGCGCAGCCGCCACCAGCACGUCAAGACCUGGGCGGCGCUCUUCAUAGGUCACACCCUCUGCUACCAGCCCCAGGCCGUGUGCCAGAUGGUGAACAGUGUAGACACAAACCUGCUGUUCUCCACUUUUGAAGAUCUCAAAAAAGACCCAGAGCCCGGCAUCCGGGAAUUUGCCACCAGACAGUUCUCCUUCCUUCAGAAGGUGGCAGCCAGACCGCAGUGACCUCCAGCCAUCCUCCCUCACCCUCCUCUUCCUCUCCUGUGCCC